AUGGCCACCGAACGACGCAUCAAGACACUCAAGAUGCGGGUGAAGAGCUUGACAGCAUCGCUCACCCACAUCAAGCUUUUCGUCGAUGAAUUCGACGAGGACACGCAGGCUGAUGAGAUUCCCGUCCGCCUGGAAAGCCUGACCAAGCUGUGGGAAGAUUACAGCACGACACAAAGCGAACUCGAAUCGCUCGACGAGAAUUCUCUGGAGGAUCUCAUCAAAGAACGGACGACGCUGGAAGCGUCCUACUUCCGGGUCAAGGGCUUCUUACUAGCCCACAAUAAAUCGCAUGUGAACCAAAGCUCUCCAUCUCCUACUCAAUCAGUGGCGCACUUCCCUAUGUCCGCAUCGCAGGUGCGAUUGCCGGAUGUCAAGCUUCCCAUUUUUGACGGAAAAUUGGAGAACUGGCUCGUCUUCCACGAUUUGUACAUCUCUUUGAUCCACUCGUCUACAAAUCUCUCUAAUAUACAAAAAUUCUAUUAUUUGCGCUCAUCGCUAUCGCUGUCGGCGCUUCAGCUUAUCCAGUCGAUUCCACUAAGUGCCGAUAACUACACCGUGGCUUGGAAUUUGCUUCUAAAGCACUUCCAAAACCCAGCAAGACUGAAGCAAACCUACGUGGAUGCACUCUUCGAUUUUUCGGCGUUAAAACGUGAGUCGGCAGCGGAACUUCACAACUUAGUGGAGCGUUUUGAGGCCAAUGUGAAGGUUCUACACCAGCUUGGGGAGCCAACAGAGCAUUGGGAUAUUUUGCUCGUUCGUAUGUUGAGCACCCGACUCGAUACAACAACCAGGAGGGACUGGGAGGAGCAUUCAUCUUCGAAACGAACCGUCAAGUUCAAGGACUUGAUUGAAUUCAUCCAGCGACGCGUCACCGUGUUACAAUCCAUCCAAACAAAGGUCGUCGAUACUCCGUCCUCUGCUCAAGUGAGAAAGCCAACCUUUCGUUCAGCUUCGAGCCACAGUGCCAAUCAGGUCAGCCCUCGCAAAUGCCUCGUCUGCUCGGAACACCAUCCUCUGUACCUUUGCGGGAACUUCUCAAAAUUAUCAACCGAAGACAAGGAAAAGGAGGUUCGUCGACAUCAGCUCUGCAGGAACUGCUUGCGAAGGGGGCACCAGUCCAAGGAUUGCUCCUCGUCUACAAACUGCCACAAGUGUCGAGGCCGGCACCAUACAUUACUCUGUUCCAGCGACUCAACGUCCCAGGCUACUUCGAAACAUGUUAGCCCCCCGCAGCAAAAACUCACGUCAGCUUCGCCAGUCAGCGAUACUCCGAUCAAUUCUGCCUCUGCUCUUGUGGAGGCUAUUAGUUGUGCGUCCGCCAGCCACCAACAGAAAACCGUUUUGCUGGCUACAGCGAUGAUUAUCCUUGUUGACGACAACGGCGUUGAACACUGCAUGAAGGUCCAGCGACAGAAAAUCUACCUGCCAAUCAGCGGUAUCGGCCAAUCUUCCACUCAGGCCAAGCAGAAGUUCUCUGCCACCAUACGAUCACGUGUCGGUGAGUACUCCACCGCCGUUGAAAUGCUUGUUCUUCCCAGAGUCACCGUCGACCUACCUGCUACGUCCGUGGACACCUCGUCAUGGAAUUUUCCACCUGGAAUUCAACUGGCGGAUCCAGCGUUCGACAGCACCUAUCCAGUUGACAUCAUUCUUGGCGCAGAAAUCUUUUUCGAACUGUUCCGUGUACCAGGUCGCAUCCAUCUCGGCGAGCAACUUCCAGUGCUGGUGAAUUCCGUUUUUGGAUGGGUCGUCUCAGGGAAGUCAACCGUGACUACGAACAGUACCCCAGUCGUGGCGAACAUCGCUACCGUCGCCGACCUCCAUCAACUAAUGGAAAGGUUUUGGAAAAUCGAGGAAGGCAAUUCACCCACAGCAUAUUCCGUCGAAGAGCAAGCCUGCGAGGAACAUUUUUGCCGAACCGUGUCACGCUCUCCAGAAGGAAGAUACAUAGUCCAGUUGCCCUUCAAGGAAAACAUCCUGGACCAACUUAGCGACAAUCGCAGCACUGCUGUUCGUCGGUUUCAUCUCCUACAAACACGCUUGGUUCGUAAUCCCGCGCUGCAUGACCAAUAUAAAGAGUUCAUCGACGAGUACCGCAGCCUUGGACACAUGAAGCGCAUUCACGAAUACGAAGAGUCAACUGGUAAACGUUUUUAUCUCCCGCAUCACGCUGUACUUCGUGAAGACAGCGCCACUACGAAGCUAAGGGUUGUCUUCGAUGCAUCGUGUAAAACUCCGACGGGCCCAUCGUUGAACGACGCUCUCAUGGUGGGACCUACCGUUCAAGAGGACAUCCGAUCGAUCAUCAUGCGAUCCCGGAAGCACCCUGUCAUGUUAGUCGCCGAUGUGAAAAUGAUGUACCGCCAAAUACUCGUCGACCCUCGUGACACUUCAGUCCAGCUCAUUGUAUGGAAGCCCUCUCCGGAACACCCUCUGGAGACUCACGAACUUCAAACCGUAACUUACGGGACCGCAAGUGCGCCGUUCCUGGCUACGCGGGUGCUGAUGCAGCUUGCUGAAGAUGAAGGCUCCAAUCAUCCACUAGCCAAACCUGUGUUGAAAAAGGAUUUCUACGUGGACGACCUGUUUUCUGGUGGAAAAGAUGCAUCUGAAGCAAUUGAACUCCGAAAUCAGCUAGAAGCACUCCCAGCGAAGGGUGGAUUUCAACUCCGCAAAUGGGCAUUGAACGACGAAACGGUGCUCAACGAGAUUCCCCCUGAAAACCGCGCUCUGAAAAACUCUGUUGAACUGGAUCGAGACCAGGUCAUCAAAACGCUAGGACUCCAUUGGGAACCUGCGACGGAUUGCCUCCGCUACAAAAUCGAAUCACCUUCAAAUGCAAUCAAUCAUCCACUUACAAAAAGAAUCGCCCUCUCUCUCAUUGCUCGACUCUACGACCCACUUGGACUGGUAGGACCAGCGGUGACCAGUGCCAAGGUGUUCAUGCAGAACCUGUGGACCUUAAAGGACGAUGACGGGACACCAUGGAGUUGGGAUAGGGUUCUACCGAUGGAGUAUCAGACACGAUGGACUAACUACCAAAAGCUGCUACCAAACCUAAACAAUCUUCGCAUUAAUCGAUGCAUCCUCCUACCUGAACCGGAAACCAUACAGAUUCACAUCUUUGCCGACGCUUCGCAGCUUGCCUACGGUGCCUGUGCCUAUGUUAGGUCCACCAAUCCUGGUGGAUUAGUAAAGGUCGCCCUGUUGUCCUCCAAAUCACGUGUAGCACCCCUUAAGCGCCUUAGCAUACCACGUCUCGAGCUGUGCGGUGCAUUACUGGCUGCUGAACUGUACGAGAAAAUCAAAUCGUCGCUGCAACUCGACGCAAAAUGCUACUUCUGGCUAGAUAGCACUGUCGUCCUUUGCUGGCUCAACGCCUCACCUGCUACCUGGAACACUUUUGUAGCAAAUCGAACAUCCAAGAUUCAACUUGCAACACCUAACUGCUCGUGGCAUCACAUUUCCGGUCUGGAGAACCCUGCGGAUUGCCUUUCCCGUGAACUGGCUGCGGACACCAUCGUCGAUUUCAACCUCUGGUGGCACGGACCCCAAUGGCUACAACAGCAUCAAAAACAAUGGCCAAUGGCCCGUGAGGAUACUGAGCAACCUUUGGAGGCAAUGGAGGAAGCACGUCGGUCGUCAAUAGCAGCAACACCGUCUACACCUGAACCGCAAUUCAUUGACCAAAUCGUCGAAAGAUUCUCAAAUGUCCAGCGUCUCAUCCGGGUGAUCGCCUAUUGCCUCCGUUUUCUCCACCACUGCCGAUCAGCACCAAACAACCGAGCCAAAUCAUUCCUUCUCCAUGUUAGUGAGCUAAUCGAAGCAGAGCACAACAUCAUUCGUUUGGUUCAACAACAAGCCUUCAGCGAAGAAAGGAAACAGCUGAAGAAAAAUCAACCAGUGUCGUCGAAAUCCCGCUUGAAGUGGUUUCACCCGUUUGUUUCGUCUGAGAACCUUCUUCGAAUCGGUGGCAGACUAGGAAGUGCCAUGCAACCGCUGAAGCCGAUUGAGGAGUCCUUCGUCGGUGAACAACAGGCGGAUUUUUGUGAGGGCCGAUCAACGACGGAUCAGAUUCUCGCUAAAUUUCGCGAGUACAACUUGCAGACCCAUCAUGUGUUUAUUGAGUUCGAGGCGGCGUACGAUUAA